GCAGUUUCCCAACAUGACCGUGGCAAUGGGAUUAAUGUCAGAAUCUCUUCAGGACGAACAAUUCACAACUAAAAAUGUUACCGUUGCGGAGAAGUGGUUAAAUCCUCCACGUGAAAUACAGUUUGUACGGGUUAUCGGCAGUAAGAGUGGCAGCGAACCUCAUAUGAUAAUAUGCGAGAUAGUGAUAUUCAGACAAACAGACUGCCCACUCGGAAGUUACAGCGUUAACUGUUCCAAACAAUGCCAUUGCCGAGUGGGCUCAUGCGACAGUGUAACAGGUGCAUGUUCGAACGGGAUCUGUGCAGACGGAUGGAAAGGAAUGGCGUGCAAUGAAAACUGCCCACUCGGAAGUUACAGCGUUAACUGUUCCAAACAAUGCCAUUGCCGAGUGGGCUCAUGCGACAGUGUAACAGGUGCAUGUUCGAACGGGAUCUGUGCAGACGGAUGGAAAGGAAUGGCGUGCAAUGAAAACUGCCCACUCGGAAGUUACAGCGUUAACUGUUCCAAACAAUGCCAUUGCCGAGUUGGCUGCGACAGUGUAACAGGUGCAUGUUGGAACGGGAUCUGUGCAGACGGAUGGAAAGGAAUGGCGUGCAAUGAAACAUGCCACCCAGGCACAUUUGGUGCUAACUGUUCAUCAAUAUGCCGCUGUCACAACAACAUAACAUGUUACAAUAUAAACGGAUCUUGUCCAAAUAACCAAUGCGCUGCAGGAUGGAAGCAUGACAACUGUAGCGUAGCAUGCGGUCCAGGCAAUUUUGGUCUAAACUGCACCUCCCCUUGCCAUUGUCUAAACGGAGAAAGCUGUGACCAUGUCUCAGGAAACUGCCCUGGUGACCUAUGUGCACCUGGAUGGACUACUAGUAACUGUAGUGUUGCAUGCCACCCAGGCACAUUUGGUGCUAACUGUUCAUCCAUAUGCCACUGCCACAACAACAUGACAUGUAACCAUUUUAACGGAUCUUGUCCAAAUAACCAAUGCGCUGCAGGAUGGAAGCAUGACAACUGUAGCGUAGCAUGCGGUCAAGGCAAUUUUGGCCUUAACUGCACCUCCCCCUGCCAUUGUCUACAAGGAGCAAGCUGUGACCAUGUGUCUGGCAACUGUCCUGGUGACCAAUGUGCAUCUGGUUGGACUACUAGUAACUGUAGUGUUGCCUGCGAAUCGGGAUCAUACGGACAAAACUGCUCCAUGGACUGUCACUGUGACAAGUGCCAUCACGUCAAUGGAUCUUGCGCAAUGUCUUCUCAAUGUCACAAUGGGUACAGGAUGGAUAACGGUUUCUGCAAACGUAAACAUUCAUUGUUUUCAUUUUUUACCUUUCCUGUCCCAUGCGGAGUUGCAUCUAACAAAUCACGCACAUGCAUACAAGACACGAUAGAAGCAAUAGAUUAUAUGUUAAUUGCACAUUUCUUGAUAUACUGGUUAAUUGCAGCGCAAGAAGAGACAAGAGGGAUUAAUACCAUUAUGAUCGCUGGAGUUGUUGGUGGUUGCGUCGCAGCUAUACUUAUUGCCAUUGGUAUUGCUGGCGUAAUUUUAUGUUACAGGAGGCGAAAACUUCAAUCCAGGUCAAAAAGUCAUACUGGGUUAUCUAUACCCUCGAAAAUAGAGACAAACUUCAAAGGGAUUGAUCGAGCUAAACAUUUUGAACAUGUCUCCGUCGAGGAUACAACACAUAUCAGUUUAAAAGAUGUCAGCAAGAGAUUGCCUGGUGUUGGAAAUUCAACAGAUGCACAGUUUGAUGACCCCAAUUACUACAGCUUUAAGACAGUUACCCCUGGAAUCAAAAUCCAUGAUCUCUGGGAUUACAUUCACGAGAAACGUGAUUCGAUAUUCUUUGAUGCCGAGUUUAAAAAAUUGCGAAGCGGGCUUAUUCAUAAGCACGAAAUAGCAUCGUCUGAAGAAAACAAGGGAAAGAACCGUUACAAGAAGUUGUAUGCAUACGACCAUAACCGUGUGUCCUUGACAAAAGAGUUGGAAGGAGAAUCCGAAUAUAUCAACGCGAGCUUUAUACACGGAUUCCAGAAGAUAAAGAAAUUCAUCGCUUCUCAGGGCGCCACUGAGAAAACACUAGAGGAUUUAUGGCGCAUGAUAUGGCAGCAAAAGGUUGACAAGAUUGUGAUGUUGACAAACCUGGUCGAAAUGGGAACGCUGAAAUGUCUUCAAUAUUGGCCUGAGGAGCUGAACGGUGUGUGCAAGUACGGACGUGUUGACGUCAAAUACGUUGAUGUCGUGGAGAUGGGCGAUUACAAUAUCCGGACAUUCCAAAUUACGAAGGGACAUGAUACGAGGGUAGUAAAGCAGUUUCACUUUAAGGCCUGGCCUGACAAAGAUGUUCCCGACACAGCCUGGUGUCUUGUAGACUUUUGGAGAGCGGUGGACACUCGGGAUGAACAACAAUCACCAAUCCUUGUUCACUGCAGCGCUGGUGUUGGGCGAACAGGAACAUUUAUUGCUCUUGACAACCUCAUUUCACAAGCCAAGAUGGAGAAAUGCGUGAGACCUUUCCAGAUGGUCGAGGCUUUGCGAGAACAAAGGGUCAGCAUGGUCCAAACAAAGGAACAGUACGUCUACCUACACGAAGCCUUGGCAGAGGCUUUCCUGAUUGGGACACAGCACGUUACGACCGGACAGUUCGAACGUGUCUACAACUACAUGAUGGGCCGUAACGAUGACUCGACAGCCACCCGACUUGAACAUCAGUUCGAACUAGUGAGACAAAGUGUGGAACAUCAUCCAGUAGAGAUACAAGAAGUGUCCAGUCAAGAAGCAGAAUACGGCAAUAUUGAGACAGUCGGGACUGAAAUACACGCUUAUCGACAUCCACAGAAUAGAAAAAGGGAACAGCCAAUUGAACUCAAUAUCCCCACUUUCAGUGCAAAGAAUGGAAUAUGUGUGGUUAGCAGACCGACGGAACCUCAGCUGUCGAUGUUUUGGUAUCAUCUGCAACAACGUGGUAUAGUAACGCUGAUUGAUAUUGCAUCGAAUGGAAGUGAAACGAAAUACGUACUCAAAGAUGGAACAGACGGGGAACAUAUAGAAAACGGAGCUCUGUCUGUAAUUAAAGAGUCGCUACACAACGGAUUUGUUGAAAUAACUUAUUCCGUGAAGAAAAACGCGAACGAGAGUGGCUUCGACAAAACCAUCAAACACUUUGUGUUGACUUCAUGGAAAGGAGAUGAUACACACACAGAGAGGACAUCACUACUCAAGAUGAUAGAGGCGGUGCACACAUGGCAACCGGAAAUGAAAGAAGACAAGCCGAUAUUAAUACUCGACAAUGCCUGUUUCCAGAAAUGCGGUGUCGUGGCUGUUUUGAUUAACGAGAUUUAUCGCAUAUCAGCACAGCAUGGACACAUUAACAUCUUAGAAUCUGUCAAGACGAUGGUGCAAGGAAAAAGUCUUCUUAUCCACAGCAAGAUGCAGCUGAAGUUCUGUUAUGACGUCAUAUUGGACUAUGUGGAGCAGCAAGCCACAUAUCAGAAUUAUUAAUGAUACAAGAAAUGUAACACAUGGUUUUGUACUCAUGAGCUAUGGAUCUCUUUUCUUUAUAAAAUCGUCUUGGAUAGAGGUGUUCUCAUCUGGCGAUGCUGGCUCGAGUUUAAAUAUAAAGAAGUGAAACUUCAGCUGCUGGAGCAGUAUUGCAUUCUUAUUAUAUACCAUUGGUUGGUCCUUUAUUGCCAAAAACAGUACGAAACAACACACACACAUAAAAGAAUAAAGCUGGGGUCACUGCCUUGGAACGCUCAAUGCAAAGCAUUGGGGGUUGAAACCGGUUUUAGAGCGCUCAACCUCACACGUAACCAGCAAUAUUCAUGACACAUAUAAGUGUAAACAAAAUUUAACCUGAUAGCAUUGAAACACAAAUUACAAUGAUAAAAGGGAAUUAAAACGCAUCCAGUUCAAUUACUAUUUCAUAACUCAAUGGUAAGAAGGAGACCAGAGCAACAGAGUUACAACUUUUUGAGGAACGAUGAAAUGUAAUUGUAAAGAAGUGUCAACUACAUUCCUUCUUUAUACAAAAAGAUUUAAGAAUGUAGCAUCAUAUAGUUGAUAUUUUUAAGAUCAUCAUCGUGCAAAUACAGGAAGAAGUAGCAAUAUUGGGUUAAACCGAUCCUUAUUACAUAGUUUAGUUUUUAAUGUGACUGCUAAACAAUAAAUCAAUCAGACAAGAAACGCCAGUCAGAGAAAACAUAUUAAUAAAGUUUAACGAUAUUAACCCGAUGACCUAUGCAUGUACCCAAAACAGUGAACGUGGAUCGGAUGACGUUAUUUUAAAGCGAUGACACGAUGACGUCACCAGUAAAAAAUCCAAUAUGAUUAAAGAAGCAGUACUGUAAAAUAAUUUUUUUAAAGGGAAAUGUUUCCUAUAACAAGUUCAAAUUCGGAUUAUGUGUCUUAUUGCCGGCACGCGCUCCCAUUCAAACGCUCAUUUUUGUACUCGUCACCCUAAACCGCGAACGAAAAAAAAAAUUGCUCCCGGAACGGGCUACAUGCUACUAUACUGCCUGUUCAUAUUUCUGUUUUUUGCGUCUUUAUUUGAAUUAUGCUUUUUCCUAGAAUCAAACUGUAUUUUUGUGUCAUCAUCGGAUAUAUAUGAACAAUGGAAAUAGAGCAAAUGUACAUUACAAUGAACGCUAUUUAGAAAUGUCGGUGUUAAUAGCUACUCACAGCUAAUGUUAUUUUGUUAAUAUGUCUAACUGAUAAUAUAUACAAUUAGUAUUGAAAUUGCAUUGUAUUGUACAGAUUUAUUGUUUAUAAGGUAUUGUGUACACAUUACUCAAAUGAUUCAUGAUCUCGAUGUAUAACUAUUGCAUAUAUAUAUGUAAAGAUAUGUCACCCCCCUCCUACCGAGCUUGUAAACAUGGAAUGUUUUUGAACACUCCAUUUAAUAGUUUCCCUUUGUAUCUUGUAUUAUAGUUACAAUAUCUAACACUACUAUUAUCUGUUUACGUUAUGGAUGAUAUCACUGUUCCCUACUGGAACAGGACAAUAUUGUUAGAACUCGUUUUGUUAUGUUGCCCUUACUGUAUACCUUGUAUACUUGUGUAAAUAAAGAGUUGUUCUGUU